AUGUUAUGCGUGAAGUUACGGUCAAAUAUUCUUUUAUUAAUUAAUGGGAUAAAUUCACUAACGGUAAUUAAUAAUGUGACGGUUUCUGGUGAUUUUCUAAGUGAUGUGUUCGUGGAAGAAAUCACCAAUAACAAGGAUUUGCUUGAAUCUCCGAGAAUUACUUCGAAGCAGUAUGAUUCUAGAAAAUGCGUGUUGGAAGUACGAGAACUAAUCAAUCGACUUCCGAGUCUGAAAGUUUUGCCUUUUUUCGACUCGUGGGGGAAACUGCCGUCUGGAAUACUCUACGGAAGCACUCAUAGUGCAGGGAACUUUGAUCAGUGUACAAAAACAUCAAUCUCCCUUUACGAUGCCAAACCCAGCGAAAAUGUCAAUGGCCAGUUUUGUUUUGUCAAUAUUCCUAUAAUACCCGAAAAAACGAGACAACUUCCAAUAUUCAUUGAUUUGGAAGGACAACAAGAAUUUACAGGAAGAGUAACUAUAAGAAAAACUGGUUUGGAAUUAAGGAUUGGAAUAUGUGUUCCAGAAAGCUGCAGUGCUGAAUUUUUGACAACAAUUUUCCAACAAGCUGUCAGUAAGGUAUCGAAGGGGAAACUUGACAAUGUGUCUGUUUCGCAAUGUACAAAUGGAAAGCCAAGGGAUUUGACAGCCACUGAUAUUUUUGGAAUAGCUGUCUUUUCAACAUUUGGAGCACUGAUGUUAGCCAGUACUUUGUAUGAUUAUUUCACUGCCUACUAUCAAAAAACACCAAUCCCGGUUUUGUUGGCAUUUUCGAUAUUGACAAAUGGAAAGAAAUUAUUUGCAAUCAAUUUGAAGAGCUCUCCGAAUUCCAUUGACUGUCUGACAGGAAUACGAGUCUUGACAAUGGUUUGGAUUAUUUUCUGUCACACAUAUAUGACAACCAUGAAUGUUCCAAUCAUCAAUCAAAAGGAACAAUUACCGUGGGUAAAAUCAUUUUGGUCAAUGCCACUUCUCAACGGCACAAUAUCAGUUGAUUCGUUCUUUUUCAUAAGUGGACUUCUUGUUGCUUGGUUGGGAUUCCGGGAAUUGGAUAAAACAAAUGGAAAACUUAAUGUUAUUAUGAUGUACGUCCAUCGUUAUCUUCGACUUACGCCUGCUGUUGCUGCUGUCUUGCUAUUUAUGCUUAGUAUCAAUAAGCUUAUUUUAAUAGGACCUUUUAAGCAAGGAAUUUACGUGAAGAACCAAUGUGACGGAUACAAUUGGUGGCCAGUUCUACUCUACAUUCCUAAUUAUUUGCAACAGAAGCCAAGGUGUUUUGAUUCAACUUGGUAUUUAGACGUUGAUUUCCAACUUUAUAUUAUCUCACCACUUCUUCUGAUUGCGAUGUGGAGAUGGGGAAAGAAAUUCGCACCCGUUUUGCUCGUUCUGUCACUACUGUCAAUUGGAAGCGUUAUUGCGACUUAUGCCAGUAAUGGUUUCACAGGUCUCAUAAAUGGAACAAACGAUGAAGAGUGGACAAAAACAUACUCUCUAACUCACACGAGGUGUUCACCUUGGUUUGUUGGAUUUGCUUGUGGAUACUUUAUGCAUAUCAACCGGAACAGAAAAUUUCAACUAUCUGCGUUAUCAAAACUUCUUGGCUGGACAGUUUGUAUAGGCAUGUUUCUUGUCAUAGUUUAUGGACCCUACUUCACAAUUCACGACCGCACUCAUGGAACAGUCCUGGAAGCUGCUUUAUACGAAGGUUUAAAACGCUUCUCAUGGGCGGUUGCAUUGUGUUGGCUAACAGUUGCUUGUCAUUUUGGAUUUGGAGGAUUGAUUAAUUCGUUUUUGUCACAUCCAUAUUGGCAACCACUGGGACGUUUGUCAUACUCCUUGUAUCUUGUACAUUUGACUGUGAUUAAAUUGAAUUUCGGAAUAAUACGUUCUGAAAUGUAUUUUUCAGAUUAUUAUAUGAUGCUUCAAUUUUGGAGUGCAUUUGGAGUUGCAAUAUUCUUUGCGUUGGCAUUGUCACUGGCUUUUGAAUCGCCAAUUUUGGUAUUGGAAAAAUUCAUUUUCGGAGGAGGAAACAAAGCCAAGAAGGCACCACAGGAACCAACAACAACUGUUUCAAAUCAAAUUGUUGAUGAUGAAUUACCGAAAAAGACUAAUGUUUGCUAAGCAAAACGUGCAUUAUAUGAAAUGCGAUGUUCCUUAAAAAUAUAAAAAAAGAAUAAUAUUUAUUCUGGAUUCUAAAAUAAGUUUAAAUAGAAAUUAUAA